AUGCAGCAGUUGGCAGCAACUAUUCGUGAGGGUUGGCCUGACCUGAAGUCACAAGUAUCAGCCAACCUUGCACCCUACUGGAACUUUUGCGAACAGCUCACACUUGAAGAGGAUCUCAUCUUCAAAAAUGACAAAGUUAUCAUCCCAGCAAGCCUGACCAAACUCAUGCUAACCAAAGUACAUCAAAGUCACCAAGGAAUCGAGAAAACGAAGCGGUUAGCACGAGGUAUCAUGUUCUGGCCAAACAUGUCUGCGCAGAUAACUGACAUGGUUAGUCGAUGCCCGAUAUGCAGUGCUAACCAACACAAAAAUCGCAAAGAGCCAAUGGUACCACACGAGUUUCCUCUCCGACCAUGGCAGAAAGUUGGCUCUGAUUUGUUCGAGAUAGGGACUGAACAGUACAUGGUGUUGGUUGACUACUACUCGAACUUCAUCGAGGUCAACAAACUUGCCAGCACCAAGUCUUCAGCAGUAAUCACUUGCUGCAAGCAACAGUUCUCACAAUAUGGGAUCCCUGAUGAGCUCAUUACCGAUAAUGGCCCCCAAUUUACAUCUGCAGAGUUCAGGCAGUUCACCAAGGACUAUGGCAUAAAACACACGUGUGUACAACGUCAUCACCGCUGUACCCCCAGUCCAAUGGCAGAGCAGAAAAAGCAGUUCAGAUAG